AUGGCGAUUUUCGCCAUGCCGGCCCUCCGCAAGUCUCUCCGGGAGUCGCGCGACUUCAAAUCGCAACAAAGGUCCAGCACCACGCCCUACGCCUCACCCACCGGCACCCCGAGCGAGCACGUCAACGAGAAGAAGCAGCGUUCAAUUACCGAGUGGACUGAACCCCAACCGCAAACUCUGGCCCCAUCGUUCGAAGAGCACGGGUUUGCGCGGCACGGCGUCUUGGAGAAUAUGGCCCCCCUCGGUGUCCCUCCAAAGGCCAAGGACAAGCAGCGCGCGCGCGCUCUCGACGGGCCGGCUGCCCGAAAUUCGCUAUUGGGCAAGAGCUUGGGUUUCGGUGGUGACGAGGUUGGGUCGACGCCAGAGGUCACUCCAGCUCCUGAGCUCGAGCCUGACGACUCGGAGCGGCAGGAGGAGGAAGAGAUGCAGGCCGCCUUCCCAAUCCUAGAAGACGACGAGGACGACGACUACGAGCCCGCGACAAAACCGAAGAAGAAAGUGAAGGUGUCGAAAACUCCCGUCAGGGGCAAGACCCCAGUGCAGAGCAAGACACCCGUCAACGGCAAGACGCCCACAACGAAAAUCGGUCACACCAAGAGCGCCUCGGUUUCCGCGAGCCCGGCAGUACAGGCAGUCUCUAUGUCGGAGCCAGUUGAGGCUGCGACACAGCGCAUUCAGAUUGCGGUCAACGAUGCGAUUUCCAAAGCCAACAGCAACUCGGGCAAGCGCUACGUGGGCAUCGCCUUGAGGCGCGCCUACGAGCAGAGCAAAAUCGAUUCCAACUUGGCAGACGCGAUCGAAUCAGUCAUUCAAAGAAACAGCACCAAUGCGCAGAUGGUCCGAUUUCGCAGGUUCAUCAAGCAGUUCAAGCAAGAGGAAAAGGCGAGGAUGGGUUUGGGCAAGAACGGGCGCUUUGACCAGCAAUCCGCGAUGAAUCACGGAGCUUCAUUCUUCAGUCAGCAGCCGUCUCCUAGGGCUAGUAGUGAAAUUGUUCCUGAUGACUCUGCCUCCGCCGUCAACGACUACCAAGAUCGAAAGUUCAUGGACUCUACUAAUUCGGCUACAAGCUUUUCGCACAAAGCAUUGCAAUCAGCUCUUGACCAAAAUUCCGGUCAAGCACCUCACCCAUUCAGCAGCGCACCCGCUCUUCCAGCCACUGCGGAUACCUCAAAUGAGUCAACGCCGAGACAGCCGUCCAAGUCGCCCAGAAAACGCACCGCUACCAACGGAACUCAGGCCCAGGAUUCUGCAAUGGAUGUGGAGGGAGGAUUGUCGACCGGAGCACCCACUCCAGCAGCGAGGACACCGGACACCGGUGGGAGCGAUUCUGAGCUGUCGGAUGUCAACGAAGAGAUAGUCCAGAAAGGCCCUCCAGAGCCUGUGCAGGUCAAUGGGAAACCCGCUGCACCUGCGCCUGUCGUGCCACCCAAGAAGGGCAAGAAUAUUGCGGCUGCGCGUGCUGCUAAAAAGAUGAAAGGCAAUGCCGGGAAGCUCUUUGGAAAGCAUGCCUACAAGCAGCAGCCACCGACCGCAGAACAGCAAGCGGAAGAUGACCGAAUCUAUGAGAUGCGAAAGGCUAUGGUGGACCAGCAGCCUAUUCGCAAGUUCGAGCAAUUCCCUCCUCCCGUCUCUGAUGUUCGCUUUGAUGACGAGAUUCUCGAGACUGAGUCUUUGACCGACUCUCAAAUCGCCGUGGGACCACCUGUUGAUUCUGAUCAACCACGACGCGCCGGACGAGUUCCAAAUCAUGGAACCAAGCGCCUGCGAGAGGAUCCGUCACGCUUCUCCUCACCUCAGUUUGAGCCUGCCAUGUCGUCGCGUCCUUCAACGCCAGCAGUGGGGCCGGCACCUAAGCGGGUCAAGCUCACCAACGGGCAGGGCGCCAGGACAAAACGAUCGCCGGUCAAAAACCGAGACGCAGGACCUAUUGCUGGUGUAGCCUUUACUGGUGGUGGCGGUUCGAGACAGUUGGGGCCUGAUGACAAUGACCCGAACUCGCCACAGUCAGAGAGCGACGACUUCUGCUCUGCGUGUAGAGGCGCAGGCGAGUUUGUGUGCUGCGAAAACUGUCCACGCGUCUUUCACCUUCUCUGCUGCGAUCCACCGCGAACAGAGGUUCCAGAUGGAGCGUUCUACUGUUAUGAGUGCAACACGAAGUUCGCUGCAUCCGACGAUGCCGCAGAGUCGUAUCCUAGCCUGGGUCCCCUCUUCAGCAAGCUUGAGCGCACAAAUCCUCGCGCGUUUGCUCUACCUUCUGAUAUUCAAAAUAACUUCGAGGGCGUUUCCGCACGUCCCGACGGCUCGUAUUUUGAGGAGGUCAAGAAGUUUCCAUUAGCGAAGAACAGUGGCUAUGGCUACCAGAAGCCCGAAUACACCAGACUCAUUGAUGCUGACCACAAAGUCAUUUUAUGCACGCAGUGCGGAGUGUCGAGCGGCCACAAGCGUCAAAUGCUGAAGUGUGACUUUUGUCACGCGUACUGGCACUUGGACUGCGUCGACCCGCCUCUCGCUAACCCACCACACAUUAGCCUUGAGGCAUCGCAGCGGGAUGCCUGGAGGUGUCCUCGACAUAUCGAACAUGACCUUCGCAGCGGUUUACUGCUGCAGAACGACCUGAGUUCCAAAGAUGGGGAUUCUGAAAUGGCCGAUGCCGCGCCGGUAACUCGGGUGCCACGCAGAGUGCGAGUGCGCAAGCAACCCGAAUAUGUCGAGCCCACCUUUUCACGUGGCAUGCGCAACAAUGGCUUGAUCGAUAUCACUAACGAUCCUGACGACGACACUGAUGGCGAAGGCAAUUAUGUGUUUGGUGACAACGAUCCCAAGGAUGUCAACUCCAAGGUCUUCCGUGUUCCGGAGAAGGGAGUCAUCCUUGACUUCGUCAGCAAGGUCAAGAGUGGCCGUGUAGUCAAGAAGGCCGAAGCCCGCAAGUCCGCAGAAGCUGCAUCACAGCGCAGAGCGUCCAUGCAAAAUUUCCUUGCGCACAACUUCCAGCAGCAGCAAGCAGCACUAUCUCUGGCACAGCUGGCAAACAAGACGCCAGAGAUGAACCUGGGUGAGGGCACAGUUCAAGCGCUCAUCCUCGGUCUCACUUCCGAAGCUCCCCCGGCCGUCAUCACCGCCAUGUCCAACGCAGACCCACCACCGCCCACUGAUGACGAGCGUGCGCAGUUGAAGAUGCUGCAGCAGCUCAUUCAGCGUCGACUUGGAGCUUGA